CAAAUGCCUGGAAUGACAAUGAUUAUGGAUAUGUUAUAUUUCCUGUGGAUGCUACCAGCGGUCUGGGCUGUUGAAGAAGUACUAAUGGAUUCAACAACAGCAACAGCAGAACUGGGCUGGACCAUCAACCCAUCACAGGGGUGGGAAGAAGUUAGUGGCUAUGAUGAAAACAUGAACACCAUCCGGACAUACCAGGUGUGCAAUGUCUUUGACAGCAGCCAGAACAACUGGGUACGCACCAAAUACAUCCGCCGCCGUGGUGCUCAGCGCAUCCAUGUUCAGAUGAAGUUCUCAGUGCGUGACUGCAGUUCCAUACCUAAUGUCCCUGGCUCCUGCAAAGAAACCUUCAACUUGUACUACUAUGAGUCUGACUCGGACACGGCCACUAAAUCGUCACCACCCUGGAUGGAGAACCCCUGGGUGAAAGUGGACACCAUAGCUGCUGAUGAGAGCUUCUCUCAGGUUGAUCUUGGUGGCCGCAUCAUGAAGAUCAACAGUGAAGUCCGGAGUUUUGGACCUGUUUCACGCAAUGGCUUCUACCUUGCUUUCCAGGAUUAUGGUGCCUGCAUGUCACUCAUCGCUGUUAGAGUCUACUAUAGGAAAUGUCCCCGUGUGAUCCAGAAUGGUGCCAUCUUUCCUGAGACUUUGUCUGGAGCAGAGAGCACCUCUUUGGUGGCAGCUAGAGGGGUGUGUGUUCCCAAUGGGGAGGAGGUGGACGUACCCAUCAAGCUCUACUGUAACGGGGAUGGGGAGUGGAUGGUGCCCAUCGGGCGCUGCAUGUGUAAAGCUGGGUACGAGGCCCUGGAGAAUGGUACAGUCUGCAGAGCUUGUAUAUCAGGAUUCUUCAAGGCUGCACAAGGAGACCACAAAUGUCUGCAGUGCCCUAUUAACAGCAGAACCACCAGCGAGGGAGCAACUAACUGUGUCUGUCGCAACAGUUACUACCGCACUGACUCCGACCCUCCACAGAUGCCCUGUACAACUGUUCCAUCUGCUCCACAAAACGUCAUCUCCAUUGUGAAUGAGACCUCUCUGAGGUUGGAGUGGAGCCCACCACAGGAGGGCGGUGGCCGAGAAGAUGUUGUCUAUAACAUCAUAUGUAAGAGCUGUGGCAGUGGGCGGGGCGGCUGCACGCGCUGUGGAGACAAUGUGCAGUUUGUCCCACGUCAGCUGGGACUGACCGACACCCGCGUCCACAUCAGUGACCUCCUGGCUCACACCCAGUACACCUUUGAAAUACAAGCUGUCAAUGGAGUGUCUGACCAGAGUCCUUAUUCACCACAGUAUGCAUCUGUCAACAUCACAACCAACCAGGCUGCACCAUCAGCAGUGUCCAUCAUCCACCAGAUCAGCAGAAGCCCUGACAGCAUCACUCUGUCCUGGUCCCAGCCUGAUCAGCCCAAUGGAGUUAUUCUGGACUAUGAACUACAGUUCUAUGAGAAGAACCAAGCAGAAUGGAACUCAUCUCUAACGAGGAGUCAGACCAACACUGCAGUCAUACGAGGCUUGAAACCUGGAACUAUCUACGUCUUUCAAGUUCGGGCUCGGACUGUCGCUGGAUUUGGUCGCUUUAGUGGCAAAAUGUACUUCCAAACCAUGACUGAGGAGGAAUAUAACUCCAGGAUCCAGGAGAAGCUUCCUCUCAUCAUUGGUUCAGCUGCUGCAGGGGUAGUCGCCAUCAUUGCAAUCACUGUCUUCAUAAUUGUCUGCCGCAGGAGAAGCUCAGACAGACCAGAAUCAGACUAUACAGACAAACUCCACCAUUACACCAGUGGUCACAUGUCACCAGGAAUGAAGAUCUACAUUGACCCCUUCACAUAUGAAGACCCUAAUGAAGCAGUCAGAGAGUUUGCCAAGGAGAUUGACAUUUCUUGUGUCAAGAUUGAACAAGUUAUUGGUGCAGGAGAGUUUGGAGAGGUGUGUAGUGGAAACCUCCGGCAGCCAGGGAAGAGAGAGACCCUGGUGGCUAUUAAGACACUGAAGGUAGGCUACACUGAACGCCAGAGACGAGACUUCCUGAGUGAGGCAUCCAUCAUGGGCCAGUUUGACCACCCCAACAUCAUCCAUCUGGAGGGGGUAGUGACCAAGAGCAGCCCUGUGAUGAUCAUCACAGAGUUUAUGGAGAAUGGAUCCCUCGACUCCUUCCUCAGGCAAAAUGACGGGCAGUUCACAGUGAUCCAGCUGGUGGGAAUGCUGCGUGGCAUAGCAGCAGGAAUGAAGUACCUGUGUGACAUGAACUACGUCCAUCGAGACUUGGCAGCUAGGAACAUCCUGGUCAACAGCAACCUGGUGUGCAAAGUGUCUGACUUCGGCCUGUCACGCUUCCUUGAGGACGAUACUUCAGACCCCACCUAUACCAGCGCUCUGGGAGGAAAGAUUCCCAUCCGGUGGACUGCCCCCGAGGCCAUUCAGUACAGGAAGUUCACUUCCUCCAGUGAUUGCUGGAGCUAUGGCAUAGUCAUGUGGGAGGUGAUGUCAUAUGGAGAAAGGCCCUACUGGGACAUGAGCAAUCAAGAUGUUAUCAAUGCCAUAGAGCAGGACUACAGGUUGCCACCACCUAUGGAUUGUCCUAGUGCACUGCAUCAGCUGAUGCUGGACUGCUGGCAGAAAGACCGCAACAACCGGCCCAAGUUCAGCCAGAUUGUCAGCACCCUAGACAAGAUGAUCCGCAACCCCAACACCCUCAAGGCCAUGACACCACUGUCAUCAAGUGUUCACUUACCUCUGCUUGAUCGCAGCACUCCAGACUUCUCCUCUUUCAGCACAGUGGAUGAGUGGCUGGAUGCCAUUAAGAUGGGCCAGUACAAGGAGAACUUUGCCAACGAAGGCUUCACCAGCUUUGAUGUGGUUUCUCAAAUGACCAUGGAGGACAUCCUCAGAGUGGGAGUGACGCUGGCCGGGCACCAGAAAAAGAUCCUCAACAGCGUCCAGUCCAUGAGGGCCCAGAUGAACCAGAUCACUUCAGUGGAAGUGUGA